CUACUACGCUACAGUCACUUUCCGUGUUAUAAAAGCAAGAUGGCAGCUGUUGUUGAGAAUGUUGUCAAACUGUUGGGAGAUCAGUGCUACAGAGAUGCCCUGGAGCAGUGUCAUAACUACAACACCCGACUGUGCGCAGAGAGAAGUGUGCGCAUGCCUUUCCUGGACUCUCAGACCGGUGUCGCCCAAAGCAACUGUUACAUUUGGAUGGAGAAGAGACACAGAGGACCAGGUAUGGCUCCAGGGCAGCUGUACACUUAUCCUUCCCGAAGAUGGAGAAAGCGACGGAGAGCUCAUCCUCCAGAGGAUCCACGUCUGAUCUUCCCUCAUCUAAAGACCGAGCUGGAUUUAGGUUUGAAAAAGGACUCUUUGUUAUCAUCGGACGGCAGCAGUCUGGAGGCUCUGCUGAAGGGAGACACUUUAGACAAAAGAACAGAGCUCCGCGGAUCUGAAGAGGACUCCAAUAUGAGUGACUACACUGGGGGUCUCAACCCUGCCUCCCGUGCUAGAAAGAGAAUUCUUGAGCCAGAUGACUUCCUGGAUGACCUGGAUGAUGAGGAUUAUGAGGAGGACACACCAAAACGAAGAGGCAAAGGAAAGGGCAAGGGACGAGGUGCGGGCAGCAACAGGAAAAAACUGGAUGCAGCAGCACAAGAGGACAGGGACAAGCCCUACGCCUGUGACAACACUUUCAAACAAAAGCAUAUUUCCAAACCUUCUGAAAGAGUUUGUGGGAAGCGUUACAAGAACCGCCCGGGCCUGAGCUAUCACUACGCCCACUCCCACCUGGUGGAUGAGGAAGGAGAGGAGAAGGACGACUUGGAUCUUGAACCCCCUCUGCCACAUCAUGAGGAGCCGAAAACUCCAAAGAAAGGCCCAGACGGUCUUGCUUUACCCAAUAACUACUGUGACUUCUGUCUGGGGGACUCCAAAACCAACCACAAGACUGGCCAAUCAGAGGAGCUGGUGUCCUGUUCCGACUGUGGACGCUCAGGUCAUCCGUCGUGUCUGCAGUUCACUCCGAUCAUGAUGGCUGCUGUGAAGACAUAUCGAUGGCAGUGCAUUGAGUGCAAGUGCUGCAACAUGUGUGGCACCUCUGAAAAUGAUGAUCAGCUUCUGUUUUGUGACGACUGCGAUCGAGGCUACCACAUGUACUGUCUCAACCCUCCCAUGGCCGAACCUCCAGAGGGGAGCUGGAGCUGUCAUCUAUGUCUGGCCCUUUUAAAAGACAAAGCCUCCAUUUACCAGAAUGCACCUCAGUCAUGAUGUCUGCUGCUCUCCUGCUCUCACUCAUCUCUGCAGCCUGCAUACCCCUUCAAACCCCAUCUUCUGACAGUUUGAGAGCAAAAAGGGAAGUACUUCAAACUGACCAUGGUUAAUUUCAACUAAUAUACUGUUUUUUGCACAGUCCCAGGACCAUACGUUAAAAUUUUUCAUUUUGCCAUUUUAAACAUGAAAAACAUAUCAGGCUUUAACCUUAUAACCACUUUUACCCAUAUAUAACUGAGACAUUUUAUUAACAUUUUAUGAAGACUAGUACAGAAAUAAAUGGUCAUUUUUGUUCACAUAAAUAAAAAAUGUAAUAUUUAUAUAUUUCUAUGCCAUAUAGUAGCAUACAAUUGGGAAGAGAUGAUAUGUAAUAUAUAAUAAAUAGUGCCCUCUUCAAUAUGGAAAUUAAAAUCCAUAGCUCACUUGUUAUGGCACUGCUGAAUAAUUAUUAUUUAUUUGUGAUUACAGGGAUUUUAAAGUUGACUUUAUACCAUUAUCCACUGCCAUAUGCUUCGUUCAUGUGGUCCUCGGAAACUCCGGGAAAUGUUUUGCCAAGUUGAAAAAUGCCCAACUUAUGCAAUUGAAGUCACUUGCACUUUCCAGAUGAGCACAAAUGAGCUGAGUUGUCGAUUUAAAUGAGUUUAAUUGAGUUCUUUGACUAAAAGUUCUUACAUUUAGGGAUUAACCGUCAGUUAUGCAGAUCAUAAAAGUACAACAAAUCUGCACAAGAAAGACCUAAGACCACAGCUGUUAAAUUUAAAUUACAGAUGUAAUGGUAACAAGGUACAGUAAACAAAUAACGUUUAGUUUUGAGAAGGCUAACCGCAGCAGCUCUACUGAUUGGCUCUUUUAAACUGUUAUUAAGCAGACUGAGUGAUUUUGAUAUUGGUGACAUCAGAUUUUCUGACAUAAAAGUCAGAACCCCGACAUCUCAAGCUCCCAAGGACCACGUUAAUGCAGCAAUAUUAAUAACCUAAAUGGUCAGAGUUGUCUAAAUGACUCCAGUCUUCAGUUAUAAUUUCAGUUGUAUACAAAAACAUAAAUAUUGACUAGUGUUAUGAUAUCUGCCCAAUAGGUAACUUCUAAAUUGUGGCACUUGUUUGAGGGUGAGAUAUUAGGCAAAUAGUUCACAUUUUGAUUUUGUGCAGACAAACAUGUUGAAGCUGAAGUGAGCUGAGCUAGCGUAAACUGCAAUUGGUUUACAGUGGCUAAUGGUCACAAUUAGGGCCACCAAUAUGAACUUGGUGUUGAUGCUUUAUUGCUCGGAAUGUUUUAAUAUCCCCCCCCCCCCCACUGCAUCACUGCAUUUACUGGUUUAUUUUUCAAUUUUUUUUUUUUUUUUUUUUUUUUUUUCAUUUUGCGUUUGACAGUCUUUAAACUAUGUUUAAAGGGUGGAUACAUGUUAUAGAUCAGCGAGACAGACCACUGGGAGACAGAUCUCAUCUGCUUUAAUAACUGCACUUGUGUACUACACACAGUAAAGUUACCAGACAUACCCUGUAAGUGUCUGUGCUCAUUUUAUUAGCAUUAGCUGGUAAAGGUGUUGGGGAAUGCUGUAAUAUAAAUUAACCACAAUAUCAUGUUCAAAAGCCACCUUACACGUUAUGAAAGUAUACCAUGGGUUAUUUUCCCAUGACAUAUAGAGACAGUGGCAUAGCCUAUAGCAUAUCUCUGCUGUUUGUUUUAUAUACAUCAUUAUGUUCUGAUAUUUCACUUAAAUGUGGAACUUCAUGUGAAGCGGUUUCCUAGGUAACCAUAUAAUCAGUGGUGGUCAGUGGUGACGCAAACGACUCGUAGCAAAGCUGUUAAAAUGGUGAAAUAAAAAUGUUUGUUGUUGAAACUUGAACAGUGAAAGCAAUAGAAGAGUUGACACUGAUCUGAUGUUACAGAAUGCUGCAGUAGGUAAAUGAUUGUAGGUGGUAUUUUAUUUGGGAAUGUGAUGGAAUGGUUUGUUUGUUUUCUCCAAGAAAAUAAAUUCUAGCCUCAAA